AUGUGUACAAUCAUGUAUUCAAUACAAUAAAAACAAUCACAAUUAAUGCGAAGCUUCUCAAGAAUGUGAACGAUUAUUAAUUUUUUUAUUUAUCUCGCGUUUAGCGAUUUGCACAACGCAGUUCCUUGUCCACUAUAUCAGAGGCUACCUACCUUCUCUGCCUGUAUAUGUCUGAAUCGAAAAAAAUUAACGUCAAUCCCUCUCUGACAACUUUGGUCGACGAGAAAGUGGAUAUUAUUGUAAGUAAUCUACGCCCCGACGAAAUGGUCACUCUGCAAGCUCGAACUGUUGAUGACAAUAAUUUGUUAUUCGUAUCAACGGCAAAAUACAGGGCAAAUCGCAAUGGAGAAGUGUUGGUUUCCUCCCAAGCUUCGCUUGGUGGUUCCUACACUGGUGUCGAACCGAUGGGUUUAUUUUGGAGUAUGAAGCCCGAUACUAAUGCAGAUAAACACGAUUUUCUAACUAAACGAAACGUGACAGUCCCAUUAAACGUGAUUAUAGAUGUUUUUGAUGAAUUUGGAGUCGCAGCUGCGAGCGUUACAUUAGAGAGAUGUUUCAUAGGUACUGGCGUGACUCGGUGCACCGUUGAGGGAGAUGGAUUUUAUGGUACAAUAUUUCUACCCCCCGGAAAAGGACCUUUUCCAGGUGUAGUUGAUUUAUGGGGACUUCCUGGUGGAAUUCGUGAAGACAGAGCAGCCCUCUUGGCAUCAAAUGGCUUUGUGGCCUUGGCGUUAGCUUACUGGGGAUUUAAAGACCUUCCUAAGAGAUAUGGUUCACUUUCUAUGUCUUAUUUUGAAAAAGCUGUUGAUUGGUUGAUAUCACAUGAUAAGGUAAUGUCUGGUGGCAUUGGUGUAGUUGGUCUAUCUAUGGGUGGAGUACUUGCAUUAGCCAUUGCUUCACAAAUUCCGGAGAAAAUUAAAGCAGUUGUGUCGAUAUCAGGACCACCUGUACUAAUCGGUUGCACGUUAUGCUGCAAUGAUUUCACAAUUCAAGGUUUUCCUGUGGAAUAUACUGACGAUACCUACGUCUCUUAUUCGCAUUAUCUGUCUAUAUUCAAAAGCAAGGAGGCUUGCAAGCCCGGAGCGCCAUCCCUUGUCCCAGUGGAACGUAUAACUGGGAAAGUUUUGCUGGUGUACGGUCUUGAUGAUCAACUGAAUACUGAAAUCGACUGGAUGUGCGAGGAAACGUAUCAAAGAAUGGAACAGCACGGAAAGGGCUCUCUCUGCAAAAGAUUGCCCCUUCCUGGAACAGGACAUUUUAUUACGCCAUGCUAUCUUCCACCGUGUUCAAGACAUUAUGUGGAAAGGUGGGAUGAUACGUGGUUCUUAGGAGGUGAAAACAAGGCACAGUCAAAGGCACAAGAAUUCUACUGGAACGAAAGCCUAAAAUUUUUAAAAGAAAACAUAAUUACGUAGCUAGCCGACGGCUUAUAGAGAAGCGUCAAUUUAUGAGCUCAAGCCAUUCAACUAUAGGUUUAACAUAUUUCAGGUGGCUAGGUAAUGUACGUAGCUAUAGUUAACGCGUAUAGAACAAGGUGGAAUUUCGUUUUAAACUAAUCGACAUAUUUGACGUUUAUUCAUGGGCCCUUCCUCGCUUAAGCCUGGUUUUCAUCACUCGCAGAUAGUCGGCGAUGCUCGCCGAUAUCAAAAUUACGACAGAUGCCGAGCAUCGUAAUUGGUGAAAACCGCUCAUCGUAAUGCAUCU